AUGAGUACGCCUCCCAUAGUCUUGCGUCUUCCAAGGGGCAGUCUAGUCGAGCGCGCGCCGAGUGCAAAAGCUCGACAAGCUGCAACCAAACUACGACAAUCAUCUCCAUCUUCAAACCAACCUCAAAAUUUGAGCGAACAAACGUCAUCAGCAACUCUAGUCGACGAUGACUACGAUAAUGAUGACGGGCUCAUAACCGACAAGCAAUUCGAGCUGGAAUUGGAACGUGAUCGGCGAGAGAAUCUACAAUCGACGAGACGAAUGUUGGAUGAACUUGCGAGGAAGGAUGCUGAAUGGGAUGCCAGAAUUGAGGAAUCUGAUGCUCAUUUAACAUUUCUGCAAAAAGCUGUGGAGAGUGGAAAUGAGUCGUUGAUUGCAUCUAUGUGUGCUAGUGAGAAUGCUUCGAGGUGUAGAUCUGUUGCUAAUGGUAGUGAGGAGGAUUCGCAGUUGUCCGUGGACGAAGAGGAUUUCAAGAUCAAGAUUCUGGACGGUUUAGCCAAGAUCAAGGAGCUGGAUGCUGUUAUUAAGGAGAAGACGGUGCUCGCCCAAUCUCUAACGUCAGCACGAGCAAGCACAGCCGGCUCAUCAUCACCCUACAUUGCAAAAGCAGCCGAAUCCUACCCUACAAACCACCUAGACGAUGACAACGACUCAUCAAUAGACGAAACGGAAUCCGUUGCUGGCGCAGACUUGAAAUCCAUAACUUCAUCAGCAAUGGAUGAAGCUUCCAAGACAAGAACUUUCAUUACUGAACCAAAACUGAGAAUACGGAGACGACGGAUUGUUGUGAAGCGUGCUGAGAGUGAAUCUUCUGCCAUCGAUGACGAGUAUGAGGAGUUUGAGCCUGUUGAGCCUAGUGGCGAGGCUGGGAGACCGCCACGACCACCUACGAGACUGAGGAAGAAGGUCGAAGCUAAAGUCACGUCUUAUGAGCCGGGAGAUUUUAUUACGAGGAAUAUGGCUUUGGGUCCUGAUGCUAGAUACUUUUCAGCCAUGACUGAUGAUGAGAAAGCACGCGUGAAUUUCAUUAUGGCUGCAGAGGUUCAAGUAGAAACGGAUACCCCUGAUGCUGCAGAUGAGACAUCAAAAACUCAGAGCAUCGCACCAAUACCGGAACUGCCGACACCCUUUGUGAUUGAAAGUAGGAUGGGUAAUAUCGAUACCCAUUUGGAUCGAUUAUCGUCACUGCAUCGUUUGCAGACGCCAUAUAGCGUGUGCUCUGCUUCAAGAGAUAUAAACGAGAUCUUGAAGGACGACGUCAAAGAUCUCGCUGACAUACAGAUAUGUGAGCAACAGCUAGAGAACUUGGAGCAGCAGAUUUGUAGGAUACGAGAACGGGAAAUGGAGCUUGCAACCAGAGACGAGAUAGAACGUGUCUUAUUAGACUGCUUUCACAAUAGUCUGGCAGACACGAAUGCACAAGUAGAAUUUCAAGUUUAG